CUAUCGGUAGUGAUGGGAACCAAAACGGUGCUAUAAAUCGUCGAUUUUUCGUCAACCUCAAUCACAAUUUAAUCAGCGCUCAAGUAGCCAACAACAGGUCAAUCUCCAAAAAAUAAACAUGAAGUUCAUCGCAGUUGCAGUCAUUGUUGCCCUGAUGGCGAUCACCAUCAAAGGAUCGUACGUCCCAGCGGUCUACGCCGGUCAUCACGGAUACGCCGCCGUCGCCCCCGUAGUGACAUAUGCUGCCCAUCACGGAGCACCAACCGUCAUUCAGUCCAAUGAUCAUCACAGCUGGGCCUACGCUAACGCUCACGACAAUCAUUGGGGAUACGCACCGGCCGCCGUUGCCUACAAUAGCUGGGAUGGUCACUGGGGUGCUCCUGCUCUAGCCUAUCACGGUGAUGCUCACUGGAACCAUGGUGCCGUUGUGGCCCCAGUUCAUCAUGCCGCUUCGUACGUCGCUGCCAACCGAGGAGCGGUUCACAAGGCUCCUCUAGUUGGACAUGCUCUCAACCAGAAGUCGCUGAAUCUUGCUCCGGCUCCUGGUACUUGGUAAAGAAAAAAGGAUCAACAAACGAUGUGAUAAAAAUCUCAGCUUCUUUCUCGAAUAUUUGUGGACAUGUGACAGUUGUUGAAUGAUUUUAAACAAAUUGAUUAGCGGUAUAUUUUGAAUGAGCUUCAAUUAUUAAUUUCAAGAUUUCCUUAAAAAGUGUAACUAGUCGCCAAAAGUGAUUG